UUCAAAAGUAAAGCCAAACUAUAGUCUUACAAAAUUUUUUAUCAGCGAGUGCAUAUUUCUCCCCCGUUUUUUUUUUUUUUUUAGACAGUAUGACGAAGUUUCUUUAUCAAGAGUCUGGUGUUCUUGGUGUUUCCAAUAAAAAUUCAAAUUUGAAAAAUUUAAACUCCACGUUGGCCGCGCCAAUGCUUUCUUAUGUUUUCGAUUUGAUCCGGCUCAGAACUUCGUCGACCUAUGCCAGUUCAGAUCUUGUCGUUCGUGGCUCAGUCAAAAUUAUAAAUUGUGAAAAAAACGUAUAAGACAUUUUACUCCUUUUAUAGCCUCCAACUUUGAUAUUGAACCAAAUCGUUUUACGUAAAAGCAAACCGUGAAUCCAACAAUAUGGGCGACGAAGGCGGCGGCGGCGGUCACAGCAAGGACCUCAAGGGCUUCCUCACGGACUUCAUGAUGGGCGGCGUUUCGGCGGCGAUCGCCAAGACUGCGGUGGCGCCCAUCGAGCGGGUGAAGCUGAUCCUGCAGGUGCAGGAGGUGUCCAAGCAGAUAGCAGCCGACAAGCGCUACAAGGGCAUAGUCGACUGCUUCAUUCGCAUUCCCAAGGAGCAGGGAUUCGCGUCGUUCUGGCGGGGCAACUUGGCCAACGUGAUCCGGUACUUCCCCACACAGGCCCUCAACUUCGCCUUCAAGGAUGUGUACAAAUCGGUCUUCCUUGGUGGCGUGGACAAGCACAAGCAGUUUUGGCGCCACUUUGCUGGUAAUUUGGCCUCUGGCGGUGCAGCAGGUGCCACAUCUUUAUGCUUUGUAUAUCCUUUGGAUUUCGCUCGAACCCGCUUGGCCGCCGACGUGGGCAAGGGUGGCAAUCGGGAGUUCAACGGCCUGAUCGACUGUCUGAUGAAGGUGAUGAAGAGUGACGGCCCCAUUGGCCUGUACCGCGGCUUCAUUGUCUCGGUGCAGGGCAUCGUCAUCUACCGGGCCGCCUACUUCGGCUUCUACGACACGUGCCGCGACUUCUUGCCGAACCCCAAGAGCACACCGUUCUACGUGAGCUGGGCCAUUGCCCAGGUGGUGACCACCGUGGCCGGCAUUGCGUCCUAUCCCUUCGACACCGUGCGCCGGCGCAUGAUGAUGCAGUCGGGACUGAAGAAGUCCGAGAUGAUCUACAAGAACACGGCACACUGCUGGGUGGUGAUUGCCAAGCAGGAGGGCAUCGGCGCCUUCUUCAAGGGCGCCCUAUCGAACAUCAUCCGCGGCACUGGCGGUGCCCUAGUGCUCGCCAUCUACGACGAGAUGAAGAAGUACCUUUAGCAGCCUUUAUGACGACCUUCUGCAUCAUGAUGAGCCGCACCAGCGGGAAAGCCCCGCCGGCAGAAUGCCCUUCCCCCUUUGCAGCGAGGGAUUGGGGCCGCCAAUAAAUUAAAAUGAUUUGAUGGCAGGUGGUAGGACCCUCCUCUCAUUUUGUAUUGGCAUUGGUUGAGAAAAUACAAAUAAUUUAUUGAUCUUAAA